AUGAAACUAGCACUUCUAAAUGCUUCAAGAAGACAAAGGAGAUCUUUUAAAUACUGCAAUGUUUGGGCCAGUCAUCCAUUGUUCCUAAAUAAGGUGAAGGAAGGAUGGGAUCAGGAGAUUGCAGGAUGUAGCAUGUUUAAAGUGGUGAAGAAAUUAAAGGUGUUAAAGAAGAACCUCAGAGACCUAAAUGGACAACACUUUAGGAACAUAUUGACUGAAGCAGAUGAGGAUAGAGCAGCACUGAACUUAGCGCAGAAAGCAUUGCAAUUGAAUCCAAGUGACUUAACUUUACAAAUAACAGAGAGGGAACAAUGUCAGAAAUUCAGAAGAACUUCUUAUUUGGCUGAAGUGUAUUUACAGCAGAGAAGUAAGACCACAUGGAUUAAAUUGGGUGAUGACAAUACAAGAUAUUUUUUCUCUGUAAUUAAACACAGGAAACUACAACAAGCUAUUCUACAACUGAAGGAUAAAAAUGGACAGUUACAUACUGAUCAGGCUGCCAUUGCAGAGAUCUUAGUUGACUAUUAUAAGAACUUGCUGGGAAAGAAGGAAAGGGACAGAAUCAUAGCUUAUAGCAGUCUUCUUAAUAAUGGCUACACACUGUCAACUGAGGAUCAAAUGAAACUAAUUCAACCUUACCUUGCAACAGAAGUAAAGAAAGCAAUGUUUAGCAUAGAUAAGAACAAGAGCCCAGGUCCGGAUGGUUGUAGUAAUGGUUCUUUCAAGAUUCAUGGGAGAUCAUAG